AUGCCCGAUGUCCCUGGCUUGGUCUAUGCUAGCUCAGCUAAAACCUGCACAUCGUCCUUCAACAUUGAUCUCCCCAGAACAACCCCCAAGGUCCCGGAAAGACCCGGUAGCAGCAUCCGGCUCGGCCAAUUCGAGAUGGCGGCCUACACCCCUCUCAAAGUCUGGGUUCUGUCGACACCGGCCGUACUCGGAUACCAAGGCGGCCAAACCCGGCUGGAUUCCAAGCCCACGCGCGUUACCUCGACCUAA